AUGGAAGUAAAAAGCUCUGAAGAAACACGCGAUUUGAAAGGGAGGAUUUUAAUCACCGAGAAUGACAAAAUGCCUGAACUUUGCUCCAUAAGUAAUUACAGUUCAUAUUCAAAAAGGGGAAUGGGAAAAAAUCUUUCCUUGACAGUGUCGAAUCCUACAACGUGUGCGGACAAAAAGUCAAUAAUAACUGAAAAAAGUAAAGAAAAAUUUCAAGCAAUUCCACUGCAUCUUACUCAAGGCAAUGUCAGAUUCAUUCUUUCAAAAGAACCUUUGCAAAAAAUCCAAGUUAAUCCAAAAAUUCAUGAGACAACUUCAUUGGACUACGAUUCCUAUCAAGUAUUCACGGAAGUCUUGAAAAAAUACGUAAUUCUUUGCAAGAAUGCUGUAAUUUUGUGGUUCUCCAUGAUGACUUUCUCCUUAUUCUACAAUAGAAACAUUGAAAAAUGA